UGAGCAGGGAAAUUUAAUAGCCAUCAGAACCAUGGACAGAGCAACGGAUGAAAUAUCAAGAAUAUUUGAUGGAACUGUCAGUAGAAUAUUUUAGUAGAACAAUCAACAAAAAUUAAGUCAGGUCAGAUUUUUAGAAAAUAAAUCUAACAACUUAUUGGUGAUGUUAUUUGGUUAACCUGACUUGAUAUUAUGAUAAAUAACUUGCUGACCACUUCAGUUUUAAACCUCUAGCACACAUAAACCUUUUACAGGUGGGUUCUUUUACCUUGAGCAGACGAUUGGUCUGAGAAUUUUGCCAAGGAAGUUAUUAAAUCAAUAUUUUGACAAAUGCACCAAGGUUUUUUCUUGGGUGACAGAAGUAUGGAAAUAUGUAAUAUAGGUACCAUUCUAUUCAAAGUUAUCUGAGGGGAUUUAAAUUGUAUAUAGUUUGUAUGUGAUAUGAUGUUUCAUAUGGUUUUUAUAUUUCACUGAAAUGGAAUAAAGUAAAUGUACAAUCAUGUACAUGUGUUGCAUUGUCUCAAUGGAUGUAAUGCUAGUUCACCUUAAUCUACAAGGUACAUGUGUAACCUACAUGUACAUCCAUUGUUUUUAAAACAUUAUUCAUGAAUAUUAAGUCAACGGACGCGGGAUUUAAAAUAAUAUAUUUUGAAUAUUGCAAUUUGAACCCCCCACCCAGGGACUUGAUAUCUUUAAAUAUCAUGUCUUUUAAUACAACAGAAAUAAGUUACCCGCGGAUAAAGCUUAACUAGCGUUAAGGUUGCCCCCUUUCUGUUGUCUGGUAGCACACUCCAUAUAUAGGAGUACAAAUGUCAAUGACCUUUGGAUUGUUGAACCUUAAAGGUCAAACAAACAAGUUGUGAAGACUUAAGGGUCCUUCACAUUGCCAAGGGUACAGCAGUCGGUUUAUAUAACAUCUUACUAAUCUCCCAAGACAUGGCACUUGGCGGGAAGACCAAAUUCCUGCUGAGUUUGUUCUCAGCCAUCUUGGUUUGGGCGUACUUGAACUACAGCGUACCUCCUCCGUCCUUCGAGCUCAGGGAGUGGAAACAAACCGGCAAGUUUUUCUCACACGGAGAUUUUAAAAUUUUCUACAAAGAUGUGAAUGGGACAGGGAGACCAGAGGAUGUUGUUUUGUGUGUCCACGGCUUUCCCACUGCCAGCUACGACUUUGCCAAGGUGUGGGAGGGGCUGAAUGGAAGGUUUGGCCGUGUCAUUGCCUCUGACAUGCUCGGCCUGGGCUUCAGUGACAAACCGUAUGGCCACAGCUACACCAUAGCUGAGCAGGCCUCUAUCACAGAGAAGUUACUGAAGAUGCUGGCAGUGGAGGAGGUGCACAUCUUAUCCCAUGACCUCGGAGAUACUGUAGCUCUGGAACUACUCAGAAGGUUUCUGUAUCGACAGAAGUCCCCUGGUAAAGGUGCACCAUACCUGAGAAUCAAGAGUUUGUGUCUUAUGAAUGGAGGUGUGUUUCCAGAGACAAACUUCCCCACCUUGAGCCAACGUAUCAUGCAGCAUCAGUGGCUAAGUCCUUUAACAAGGCUGAGCAACUACUAUACUUUUAAAAACAGCAUUGGAAACGUCUUUGGCCCCAACACUCAGCCAUCGCCAGUCGACUUUGCUGACUUUUUUGCCCUAUUACGAUGGAAUGACGGCCAUCUUGUCACUCCCGGUCUACUUCAGUUUAUGGCUGAACGACAUAUGAACAGAGAGGUAUGGGUAGGGGCACUGCAGAAGUCUACCGUACCAGUACACAUGAUCUAUGGCCCAGCCGACCCAGUCAACCCACCAGUCUUUGUAGACAGAUACAGGGAGCUGCUUCCCCAAGCGACCAUCACAGUUCUAGACGAACACAUCGGCCACUAUCCACACUGGGAAGACCCCAUGGCCGUCCUCAUGGCCUACUUUGGCUUUCUGGAGAAGGUUUCUCCCCUUACACAGCCUCAAGCUACAGGAGAGACAUAACAAGGAGAGGAACCCUAGAAGCCUCCAUUGUAGAAAAGCAAUCAGCACCAUGGACAGAACAACAGCUAUGAUAUCUAAUAUUGACUUAUCAAAAGACUUUGUUUCAUGAUGUAGCAACUGCAUCCUAAGAAUUUAGUUACUAAAAGUCAACAAAUCUUUGUCUAGAAGAGAAGAAAGAUGCAGUCAUAUCAGGUUUUAGAAAGUUAUCCACCAUCUUUAGCUACUGUCAUUUUGUCAACCGGACUUGCUAUUUUGAUUGUUGUCUCGCUGAACUGUUCAGCUAUACGGUUUUUCAGAAUUAAAUUGGGUGCCUGGAAUAAGCCCGUUAAA